AUGACGUCUACACCAACAUCCAACCAACACCCGUCGACUACGGCCGCCGACUUCGCCGCCACUCAGGCGCCGUCAUCGAAUAUCGACCCAAAUACAAACCUGGGGAAUACGGGGUACGCACCGAAUGAGAACCAACUCGCAGGGCUGGUCGAAGCUGCCACUGCGGCGGCCGGUCAAGAUGUCUCGGAAUGGGCUGCUGCGGCCGCCGCGGCGGCUGCGGCCAAUGCAGCUGGACAUCAACACCACCUUGAUGGGUAUGCUGCGGAGAUGCACAUGGAGGAUGACAGUUUCGACACCAACUUCAAUCCGGGCUUGAACGCUGGACGGCAUCUGCGGUCUGCGGGGAAUGACCACGCGUCGUCUGGCUUGUCGAGGAGUGUGUCGAAAAAACGGAAGAGAGGCGACGGACCCCUCGACCCGGCGUUGACGGCGUCCGCCGCCGGGAUCGGGCACCCGAUCUCCCAGCACCAGCCUGCGCAUCAUGCGCCUCCUCAUCAUUACGGCGAGAGCCUUGCUAUGCGCACCGAGCCUCCGCCGCCGGAAGCCUUGAACGAAGCUCGUGCUGUGGGGGUACAUUCCGCGGCGGCCUUGUUCCGUCAGCCCUCGAGCAACAAGAAGUAUACUCGCCCGCCGAUGUCGAAGUUGUUUGCGUCGCUUGAGCUAUCCCCAGAGAACUUUCUGCAUCUACAGGCUGCUGCGAAGUCGUACAUGCUGGACGACAAGCACCCGGAGCGGAGAGAGUGUGUUGGACAACGGGGGAAGGGAGAUACGGAGAUGGUGAAACUGCGGCUCUGGAACUGCGUGCGCCAUUUCCUGGAAGUGGAGGGGCAUGGCGAGCGGUUCUUCGGGGAGAACGUCGUCAAUGAAGGCAUGGGCCCGAGGACGUAUGUAUGGCCGCGGGAUUCGCAGAAGAUCAUCUCCUUGGUCAUUCCGCUGCUGAGGCGGAUGGUCACGAAUGAGCGCCAGCGGCAGUACGCGGUCGAGACGAGGAAAGGCGGCGCAGAAGAACGAAGACGACGGAAGACCGAAGAUAGUCUUCAGAACUUCAACAGCGCCAGUCCGCCGAAGUUCCCCGUCGAGGACCACCUCCAGAUGCACACGCACCACCAUAUGCACGAGGGGUAUCCUUCUUCGCAGUCUCCGUUCUCCACCACUCACCCUGCACUCUCAGCACCGCAGGCUUCUCUGUCUUCAAUACCGUAUCCCAUGCGCGCCAGCUCUCAGCCUCCCGAGAUGAACCUGACCGACCUCUUGCUCGACGGCUACCCUACUGACUGGAACUCCAUCGCCAAGUCAUACGACACAUACAACCAGAACUACGAGCUCGACAAUCUGUGGCAGUUGUCUGGUCUGCAACAGCCCGACUGGCGCGGUCUCGUCGCUGCGGUGGACAGCCACUACCAAGUGGUCCACAACGGCGGUUACGACUGUCCCACGCCGUGUGAAGACGGGAAUCUGCAACGAAUCCUGGAGUCGGAGGCAACCCACGACCUGCGGUGGCGGAUCGGAGAGCGCAGCCGAGCCGCGCGCAACGAAUUUGCAAGCAGUAUCACCCGCGACGUCUCACGCAUCAUCCGCGAUAACCUCGCCACCAAAGACGCCUCCACCGCCGCCCCCGAAGACCAGACGCAGCCAUUCCAGCCCUCGGCAACCCCCUCGCUCCCCGGCUUCGCCAACACCUCCACCAGCGCCCCGCAGGGAGCCAUCACCCUCCGCAUCAACAUCAUGCAGCACGGGAAACGCAUCCUGCCGCGCGUCGACCUCUCCGCUGCGCAGUGCUCUGACAUGGAGACGAUGAAGCAGCUCCUGAUCCGCCGGUUCGGCGACUCGCUCCCCGGCAUCCCGCCGGCGGACUCGGCCCUCGCGCAGACGAACUGGAACCCGUCCGCGAACUGGAAGGUCAAGGUGUGGCUUCCGGAUGGUCUGACGCCCGUGCAGAACGACGGCGAAUGGACGAUUGCGCUGUUAUCGGCGGGGAAUAUCGACUGGAUGGAUGGGGAUUUGCGGGUGCUGGUGGAGAUUGAGCCUUGA